GCUCUGUCAGUAACACAUGUGUAAGAGCCGCGGAGGGAGCGAGCGAGCCGGCUAGAGGCCAGCGCCGCCGCCGCCGCCGCCCGCCUCGCCUGACCGGGCAUCAGCAUCAGCCCCCUCAUGUCGCCAGGCUCCCGCUCUCCUUCCCCCUCCUCCUCAGCUCCCCUCCUCCCCCGCUCCCUCCCUCCCUGCCUCCGCACCCACUCCCCCUCUCCCUUGGCUGUUUUUUCUGCGCCGCUCCCUGGCCGGAGGUGCAGGAAGCUCGGCCGUGCGGCCGCCGCAGCCGCCAGCCCGCAGCGAGCGAGCGCGCGGGAGGGAGGAAGGCGGUGGGGGGAGGAGGAGGAGCGGGAGGAGCGCGGGCGGGGGCGGGGGCCGCCGGGCGGGGGAAUCUACAAAGUGAAGCCACAUUGCCAAACUUGCAGCAGCGAUUGCAGCAGUUGCUGCCGCUGCGCCGCGCCUGAAGCUGCGCCGCGCGGGCCGAGGGCUCCUGCCGCUGCUCGCGCGGAGCCGGAGCCGGAGGCGGAGGACGAGGACGAGGACUGAGACUGACACUUCUGCUCCUGGCCGCCAGCCACUUACGCGGGGUCCCCCAACCCAGCCUCAGCAACGCGUUAAAAAAAAAAAAAAAGAAAGAAAAAAGCCCGUAGCCCCCUCCUCCCCUCUCCUGCUUCUGCGAGAACUCCCCCUCCCUCCAGCCAAGGCGCCCCUUCCUUGGAAGCCGAGAGGCUUCACUCGCUUUUCGCCGCCGCCGCCUCUCGCAAUAUUGCAAUAUAGGGGAAAAGCAGACCAUGGUGAAUCCGGGCAGCAGCUCACAGCCGCCCCCGGUGACCGCCGGCUCCCUCUCCUGGAAGCGGUGCGCAGGCUGCGGGGGCAAGAUUGCGGACCGCUUUCUGCUCUAUGCCAUGGACAGCUACUGGCACAGCCGGUGCCUUAAGUGCUCCUGCUGCCAGGCGCAGCUGGGCGACAUCGGCACGUCCUGUUACACCAAGAGCGGCAUGAUCCUUUGCAGAAAUGACUACAUUAGGUUAUUUGGGAAUAGCGGUGCUUGCAGCGCUUGUGGACAGUCGAUUCCUGCGAGCGAACUCGUCAUGCGGGCCCAAGGCAAUGUGUAUCAUCUUAAGUGUUUUACAUGCUCUACCUGCCGGAAUCGCCUGGUCCCGGGAGAUCGGUUUCACUACAUCAAUGGCAGUUUAUUUUGUGAACAUGAUAGACCUACAGCGCUCAUCAAUGGCCAUUUGAAUUCACUUCAGAGCAAUCCACUACUGCCAGACCAGAAGGUCUGCUAAAAGGUCAGAGUAAUGCAGAAUGCGUGCCUUCAUCUCAGAUUUUGUUCAUCACAGGUGGAUCCCAUGUGUCUUCAGUAGACAAGUCACCUUUGUAGCUAGCACCAGUGCCAGCUCCAUGCCAUUGCACCUUCUUUAGUCUUGAUUGCCCUUCCUGCAUUUAUUGGUGUAUUAAAAUGACUGAAUAUGAACAUUAAGGACUCCAUGAACCUGGGCUAAUGGGAGACUGUAGAGAAAAUGAAAAAAGAUCCACCGGAGGACAUCUUGGGGGGAGGGAGCUUGGGAGGAGGGAAAUGACUAAUGAAGCUAAUUAAAAGAAGCAUUCAAAUCUGCUUUCUACCCUCAUUAACAAUUAGCAGGGCACUGGCCAGAGUUUGUACCCUGUGUUUUACCUUAACAACAUUCUAUUUGCUCUUUGUAUAUUUAAGUGUUGUAAGGAAAUGUGUUUCAAUCAAAACUGAACAUGAGAUAAAGGAAAAAGAUGUGGCUUUUGUGAUAUUCUAUCACAAACACUUUUAUUGUAUCUCUGUAAAAUACAAUGUAUGUAUGCAUGUAAGUGUUUUCGUCCUAAUGUUGCUAUUCCCAUGGCGAAGAAAAAAAAGAACAAAAAAGGAAAAAAAAUUGGAAAAAAAAAUCAGGCUCAUAACAGCUACUGUGUAGAAAUUUCCCCCUACUUCUAAUUUGCUGAAUGAAGAAAAAAAUCUUUUAUUUGUGAUAUUUUCAGAGACAUUUGCUCUAGUAUGGUGUAUUUAAGUAAUAAAAACUUAAAAGAAAAAAA